AUGGCGGCAGCUCGGUUCGUCCGCGACCCGGUUCCGUCGCUCUGCCCGCCCUGCCGGCUCGCGCUCUGCUGCCUCACAGCCCUGCGGUUCCUGACGCCAUCGCGGCUUCGGUCCCGCCGCUCGACACAACGCCCCUUGAAAGCACGACUUUGGCAGGCUAGUGGUCAUCUUAUAUUGGACAAUUCGAGGUUGCCUUCUCUUAUGGCAAGCAGGGGAGUGCACUUGCAAGUGGGGGGAUGGAUUAUGAAGCCAGCUGCUGGCAUGAGCGGGGCUGGGCUGCAGCUGGCAGUGGACUGUGAUGGCAGAGCCUGUGACAUCCUGGGAAAGGAGGAGAGUCAGGACUUUCUGGUUUUGGUGCAAGCUCUGGAGGGAAUCAGCCUCUCGGACGAUCAGCUGACCUCCACCUGGGCUGUCCUGGCCGCCAUUCUGCAACUGGGGAAUAUCUGCUUUACCUCCUACGAGAACCCUGGAAAUCCAGGAAAGCUGUUGCUGCUGAAAGAAAGUGAGGGGUCAAAACCUGCUGGGCAGUGUGAAGGGGAAAAGGAGCAGUCCCUCCUAAAAGCAGAAGUCAUUGUCCCCUCCACUCCUGAUGGCAGCAGGAACAGCAAGCUUCAUUCUCUAGGGCUUUCUCCUUGUUCCACCUCUCCAGCUGUCUGCCCCAAGUCAAGGUCCACAAGUUUCUUAAACCAUGACCAGCUGCAUCCAGAGGUGCUGGAUUUCUUCUCUCAGAGCCGCCUCAAGGUACUGUGGUGUCUUUUCCAGAAGGCUAAAGCUGCCCAUAGUCGGCAAAGGGAGAUGGGGGCCAGAGGCAAAGGGCUCAGGCCCACGCUAGUGUCCAAAUUCCAGCAGUCUUUGCAGGACCUCAUAGCCAAGCUGAGAAAGAGCCAUGCCUUCUUCAUUCAGUGCAUCACCCCUAAUCCCAAAAAGCUAUCAAAUAUCUUUGAUGUGGAGUAUGUCACUUGUCAGCUGCGGCAUUCUGGGAUACUGGAGGCCAUCCACAUUAGAAAGGAGGGAUACCCAGUCCAUCUUUCAUUCCAGAACUUCCUAGCUAGGUAUGGCCUCCUGGCUGGGCAAGGGCAGAACUGCUUGGAGGAGAGAGAAGGCUGCGCGGCAGUGCUGUCUCAUGUGGUGGGGAACCCCUCAGAUCUCUAUCAGAUUGGAGUAACAAAGGUCUUUCUGAAGGAGAAGGCCAGGCAGCUUCUGGAGAGACAAUGGAACUAGAGGUAGAGUUGGGCCAUUGUUACCCUGCAAAGGAACCUCUGAUGCCUCCUUCGCUGCAGACACCUCCAUGUCCUCCAGUUGAAAGUCACAAUCAUUCAGGCUCGCUUCCAAGGUUACCAGGCAAUACAGCCCUUGUCCUUGCCUAGGACAUCAAGGAAGUGUUACAGAAGGCUGAAGAAGACUUUGGUGCAAUUUAAUACCGUGAUUUUAAUCUCCAGACCUCUGAUUCAAAGGAGGAAGCACUACCAGCACGAGUUAGAGGAAAGGAAACGAAGAAGGAAGUCCCUGGCCAGUGGUGACACAGAGAACAGUCCCAACUGAGGAAUGGAUGUGGGACUGCUGGAGAUCCCUGCAGAGCUUGCUGCCCUCCUGCAGUUAGCUGAAGGUCAGUACCGAGCACAGGCCAGCCAGAUAGCUGAGGCAUUGCCUCCAGAAGUCAAAGUCAAAGAUGACCUUUCCCUCCCACCCACCAUCAACAGCUAUCCUUUCUCCUCCUUCGUUAAGUCACACUUCCAGAAGACAGAUUUCCCUGCCCCUGGUCAGCCCCUGCAGCACCCCUUAACCCAUCUGGAUGCUGAAUACCAGGAGAGCGCGCUUGAGAUCAACAAACUGAUUUUGCGGUUCAUUGGUGACAAGAAUCUCCAUGGCUGGCAGCAGAUACUUCUGGGCAACUACAUUGCUGGGAGAGGUUUGAAUAACAUGGCCCUGCGCAAUGAAAUCUUCAGUCAGGUAGUUGCACAGACAUGGAAGAACGCAGACAUGGAGCACAGCCAGCGAGCUUGGGUCCUGAUGGCAACUUUGCUGAGCUGCUUUGCCCCUUCACCAGCACUGGAGAAGCCGUUGCUGAAAUUUGUGUCAGAUCAUGGCAUGGAGGGCUACAACGCUGUUUGCCAGCGCAAGAUCUUGGCAGCAGCACAGCACACAGAGAUGGACUCUACGUUCUCUCGGGCCUACCCUCCCACUCAGCUGGAGUGGACUGCAAACCAGAGGAGAGGGAAGAUGGUUCUUGAUGUUCAUACCUUUAAUGAGGAGAAGAUCUCAGCUGAGGUGGAGUCCUGGAUGACUGGGGAGCAGUAUGCAGGCUGGCUCCUGAGUGCAAGGGGCUGCGAUAAGAAGUCUCGAGGGUGGUCUAUCUCUAUGUUUACUGGCAACACGUGGCAGGACCUCCUGGGCUGUGACUUUGUACUGGACCUCAUUGGAGAGAUGGAGGAGGCCAGCAACCUCAGCAGCCCCUCUCAGUCCUCAGCUGAGUACCCCAUCACUUCUGAAAGGGAGAGAAGCUUCCUCCAGAACUCUGACCUGGAUUCGAUCCCUCCUGCUCCAGGCAUCCGGGCCCCUACCUUCCCACCACCUAGCUUGAGUCCAGAAUUCAACAAUCUCCAUGCAGAUCCAAGAUUCGGAGAUGACCUGAGGAGCCCUGUAGGCUUGGAUCACUAUGUGGAUGAUCUCUUCAGCACUGUGCUGCAUCAAGGCUCCAGAGUAUCAGAUAUGGAGAGCAGGGAGAGUCUGACUGGACGCAUGAAAGGAGGUGGGAAGAUUGGACCCACACAGAGAGGGAUCUUUCCUUCUGCAGGCUUCUCUGGAAUGACUCAAGCACCAGUUUACCAGUCUGUGCCUUCAAUGAUGGGGAUGCCAGCGGCCAUGCCUAUGAUGCCAGCGGCUGGUGGGAUUGCACCUAUGCCAGCCAUGGUUAUGCCCCAGCCUGUGGUUCCAGCUGUAGAUCCCAAUCAGUUAGCAGCACAACAGCAAACCUUUAUCAACCAGCAAGCCAUGCUCAUGGCCCAGCAGGUGACCCUUCAAGCCAUGAGCAUUUCCCAGCAGCAGCAGCAACAGCAGCGGUGGCAACAGUCUCUUGAGAACUCAAGGCCAAGAGUCUCAAGUCCACCACAAGCCCGAGCCUCAGCUCCAGCCCCAGUCCCAGCCACUUCCCCAAAACCCAAGAAGCCUCCCAGCAGCCAGAAUGCUACACCACCCCCAAAGGCUCCAGAACCACCAGCUAAGGCAGAAGAACCGGUAUGAGAAACAGUGGUUUACGACUACACGGAAGACGAGUUCUUCGACAGUGAAGAUGAUGACUAUCUUCGAGAAACUUUCCAGCAGAAGAGAGAAUAUUUUCAGAAGAUGGGAGAGCAACAAAUCCGAGUGAAGAAAGUCAGGCCUCCUUCCAAAACCUGGACCCCUCCAGCAAAUCCCCAGCCAAAGCAGGAGGAGGAGAAGGAAGAGGAGCAGGAGAAGAGGAAAGAAGAGAAGCCCAGCCCUAAAACAGAGGCAGCUCCUGCUCCCCCUUUGCCACCUCCUGAGCCGAAGCCAAAAAAGCAGACACGAAAAGCGAAGAAGGAGCCACCUGUAGUGAAGCCUUCAGGCCCCGAGUCGCGGCCUGAACCCAGCCGGGAGAUCCGCAACAUCAUCAAAAUGUACCAGAGCAGGCCAGCCCCUGAGCCCCAGCCUAUCGAGCCUGUCAGGAGAGUGUCCAAGCCAUUUAUGAAGAAGAACGACCCCAAAAAUGAGGCUCUGGCCAAGCUGGGAAUGAUGAACCUCUCCUCUCCCAAAUCACCACCCCCCCUGCCACAAGAGAAGAGAACACCUCCACCUCCCAAGCCCAAGCCAGGCUCAGCUUCCAGCUCUAUCAAGGAGAAGCAGUUGCCUCUCCUGUCCAUCUUCAGCCAGGAGAGAACCCCACCAGGUUCCCAGGCCCCUCCUGCUCCUCCUCCUCCUCCCCCACCAUUGCCUUCACCUCUUCUGCCUGGGAACCAAGGCUGGCAGGAAUCCACAGGGAAGGACUCUACUGUAACAGUAGCAGAAGAUGAUGGUAUCAAGACCCAGCUGUACAAGCUCACUGCCAGUGUCAGCUUUUCCUAUAUCAACCCUCCCUGGAAAAUCUUUCUGCGCAAAGAGGUGUUUUACCCCAAAGAAAACUUCAGUCACCCUUAUUGUCUGAACUUGCUGUGUGAACAGAUCAUGCGUGACACCUUCUCCGACUCCUGCCUUCGGAUCUCCAGGGAGGAGAAGCGCAAGAUGAAAGACCUGCUGAUGGAGUUCCGGGUUGGCAACGAUGUCCAGUCCAUUCAGGAGGAUGGGAUAAAGAAGAGGAUUGUACUGGCUGCUCGAGAUAACUGGGCUAACUAUUUCUCCCGCCUUUUCCCAGUUCAUGGUGAAAAUGGAAGUGAUGUCCAGAUUCUGGGUGUUUCUCACCGGGGCAUGCAGCUGCUGAAGGUGGUGAAAGCAGCUGGGUAUAAUCCUGAGCACCUGAAGAUUCUUCGCAGCUACAGCUUUGCAGAUGUGCUGUCAGUGGAACUGAAGGGCAGCAAUGCCCUGGAGCUCUCUCUGAAGACAGAGCAGCUCUUCCUGCACUCUCCAAAGGCUCCGUGCAUCAAGGCCAUGGUGGAACUCUUCAUCCAGGAGCUGAGGCAGGAUACCAACUACGUUGUUGCUUUGCGCAGCUACGUUGUGGAUGACAAGAGCCUCCUUAGCUUCAAGAAGGGUGACCUCAUCAAGUUACUGCCCAUGCAAGGCGUAGAGCCAGGCUGGCAGUUCGGCUCCACUGGUGGCCGCUGUGGUAUUUUCCCCACCAGCCUUGUGCAAUUGGCUGCAGCCCCUGAUCACCUCAGCACCAGCAUGGACAGAUGUGGAGGGCUGCGGAAGAGCAUGAAAGCUUCCCCGGAGAGCAGGAACACCAGCAGGGAGAGUUCUGUUCCCAGCCUGACAUCAGAACCUGACAGCAUCAUGUUAGUCCCUGCUGGCGACCGUUAUACCAUGACAGACUUCGCCAUAGCCUACUUCAGAGAGGCUCAGUCCAUGCAGGGACUGAAUGGGAUUUCUGCUGAAAAGAAGAGUGCAGCUACCCUGGUCCAGCACACCAAGGUCCCAAUCCAGGAAUCUUUGCUCCAGUACGCUGAUAGCGAACUGAAUGAGCUUGCUACAAAGAACUUCAGGACUCUGAUGCAGUUCAUGGGAGAUCAAUCAAAACUCAAGAACCAGAAUGAGGCUGAAUGCAUCUAUGAAAUCCUUCAGCUGUGCAAGGAGAAGGAGAGUUUGCAUGAUGAGGUCUACUGCCAGGUCAUCAAACAGGUCACCCACAACCCUAACCAGGAGAGCGUGCUGCGUGGUUGGUUGCUCCUAAACCUGCUAACUGGGUACUUCCUCCCUUCUAACAUCCUGAUGCCCUACGCCACCAAGUUUCUGCAGCUAGCCAGCAGUGAUCCAUCCAGCACCCACCAUGAUAUAGCCAAGACCUGUCAGAGCAACCUGCGGAAAAAUUUCAUGUAUGGGGGCCGUCGCCACCUUCCUUUCCCUGUGGAGAUAGAGGCAUUGCUGAAGGGGCAUGGUGCCCGCCGGCUAGCGAUACUGAUGCCUGGAGGCAUGGAAUACCUGACCAGAGUUAAGACAUUCACUGUGGCCAAGGAGCUCUUGCAGGAGAUCUGUGAGCAGAUGGGGGCAGGCGAACAGGAAGAGAUACAGGAAUUUGUUCUUUUUGCCAUCAGGAGUGACAGCAAUAAUCUUGAUAAAACGGUGAGGCCGAUAAGAUCAGAGGAGUAUCUUCAUGAUUACCUGCUGGAGGACAAGUUGGUCACUGUGACUUUACGCAGGCUCAUCUGGAGGACGCCUCUGCACUUUGAGAACAGAAUUUAUACUGAUGUUCAUUAUGGACAGAUGCUGUGGGAUUACCUGAAUGGGAGGAUACUGUUGAGCCGUAGUAAAGAAAUGGAGAUGCAGGUGGGCAUUUUGGCAAUGCUCCAGCACUGGGCCAAAACAGAGCAGCAGAACUCUGAUCCCUCCAGGGAAGAGCUGAAGGAGUACACGCCAAAGACCCUGCAGUCCUCCAUCAGUCCCCAGGCUCUGCAGAGCUAUGUUGGCAUGCUGCUGAGAAGCAGGCAGCCCUUCCAGCCGGUGGAUGCAAAAAUCCAGUUCAUAGAGCAUGUGAUGAAAUUGCCUUUCUUUGGCUACAACAUCUACUUUGUAGAGAGAGUCAGCGAUAACACAAUCCCCGUGCCCUGUUUCUGUGGCGUGAAUAAAGAAGAGAUCAUUGUGGUGGAUGGCACCACCCAGGCGAUCUCCUGCGUCAUUCCAUUGAAAGAGCUGCAGAAGAUGCGAACCCUGCGGCCUGUCUCUGAUGGUGGGCUUCCUGGCAUAGAACUAAACUAUGGCUCGGCUGCCAGCCCCAAGACUAUGUGGCUUGAACUGUCACAGGCUAAAGAAAUGUAUCACACGAUUGUUGUCAUCCUGGAUCAAACAGAGCUGCACCACUAAAGCCUAAG